CCGCGCCCGCGCCCGAGCCCCGGUUGGGUUGGGUUGGGUUGGGUUGGGUUCGAUUCGAUUCGAUUGGAUUGGAUUGGAUUCGAUGCUUGCGGCCUCCGCCCUGCCAGCAACCGGCUGCUGAAGUCGUCGAGUCGUCCCGAGAGAUCGAGAUGGCGGACCUCGCCGCGGCGCCCUCGCCCCUGCCCCCCGCCGUCCUGCCGGUGGUCUUCGUCGACGGCGAGCGCACCGUCGACCUCGGCACCGUCACCGUGCAGCCGUCGCUCGGCGUCAAGAAGCUGCAGGCCGUCGUGGCCGACCGCGUCGGCGUCGCGCCGCACCAGAUCUCGGCCGCGCUCGCGCGGCCCCGGCGCGCGCGCCGCGUGCCCCUCGAGGAGGGCGCCGACCUCGCCGCCGCCGUCGCGCGCGAGGGGUCCGGCUGCUACGUCCUCGCGUCCCUCCGCCGCGCGCGCCGCGAGCGCCGGGGCGGCCGCGCCCGCCGCGACAAGCACAAGGGCUCCGCCGCGGACGCCGCCCCCCCGCCCGAGAAGACCAUCCUCAAGCGCCUCCCGCCCACGGAUCUGGCGUCCCUGGUGGCCGCCGCGCCCCCCGCCGCCAUGUUCGGCGGCUGGGACUACGAGGCGCAGCUGCGGGAGCUGCAGCGGCAGCGCGACUGGUACCUGAUGAGCACCGCGGCGGCGGCGGCGGAUCCGUGCCUCCUCCCGCUGGAGGACCCGCCGCUGUGGUCCCCGCGGCCGGCGUGCCCCGAGUGCGAGGCGGCGGCCGCGGCCAUGCGGCAGCCGCCCUUCCACUGGUGCGUGCGCGACGCCGUGGUCACCGCGGGGUUCCGCUCGCACGUGGGCCCGAUCGAGCGCCCGGCGAAGAAGUCCGCCUCCCCGCCGCCGAGCCCCGGACGCCUGCCGGGGCUCCUCGGCAUGCCCGUCUACUGAUUUACCAGCUGGUUGGAAAUUGUAAAGAAAUCAAGCUGGAGAUUGCCUUGGGGAUAGGAAGGGUCGACGAGGUUGCGUGCGGAGCUUGUUCAGAUUUUAGUUAGGACCUGUAUUCCUGUGGAAGAGGAACGCAAGUCAGAUGCGGCCGGCCACCCGUGGGGUGCGAACGAGUCUUCUGGCAGUAGGAAAUUGGAUGGCUUUUCCUCUCUGUUUUUGUUUUUGGCACAUUUCUGGACCCGUCUUUUGUUUUUCUUCUCUAUUGGUUGGGGAGGGAGGGAGAGAGCGCCAUUUGUUUCUGGUAUAUCGAAGUGGUAUAUGCAGAAUGCAACCGAUCUUUUCUAGUUUA